AUGACUACCACACAUCGUCCAUUUUCGCUUUCCCAUGGCUCGUUAGAACACACCAUCUUGGUGCCAACCAACCUCUUCUUCAAAUACUCCCAAUUGAAGGAGCAAUUUAACAAGACCUUGCCUGAAGUGACCGAAUCGUUCGCCUCCGAUGAUGAGCCUGCUUCUCCUGCUGAGUUGUUUGCCAAAUUCGUCGGUUUCACCGCUUCUUUGGUGGACCCAGCUCAAGAGGGCCAAUUCGACGAGAUUUUGGCUUUUGUCUUGCAAGAAUUCGAGCUGAGAUUCUUCUCCAACUCAGACAUCCACUCGUUUGCCGCUCUGUUACUCGCCGAUGAGGCUUACCCCACCACUGCUGGCAAAGUCAAGGAAGUCAUCAGAAACUACUUCGCUGCCGUGAUUGCUUCCAACGCCGUCAUUCCAAAGAGCGACUCCGACUUGUUGAAGAAGUCUAGUGCUCAAGAGGCCAAGACUUUUGCCAUUUUCGGUGGUCAGGGUAACACCGAUGAGUACUUUGAGGAGUUGAGAGAAUUGAAUUUCAUGUACCACGGUUUGAUCUCUGACUUGCUCUCCAAGGUGGCUACCAAGUUAUCUACUUUGGUCAGAACCGCCGGCAACGUCGACAAGAUCUACACACAGGGCUUUGACAUUUUGAAAUGGUUGAAGAGCCCAGAACAGACCCCAGACCAGGACUACUUGUUGAGUGUGCCAGUCUCGUGUCCAUUGAUCUGCGUAAUCCAGUUGGCCCACUACGUGGUCACCUGUAAAACUCUCGGCAUCACCCCUGGUGAAUUCAGAGACUCCCUCAACGGUUCCACUGGUCACUCCCAAGGUUUGGUCACUGCUGUGGCCAUUGCCAGCUCCGACUCUUGGGACUCAUUCUACGAGAACUCUAUCAAGGCUGUGGCCUUGUUGUUCUUCAUUGGUGCCAGAUGUUUGUCCACCUACCCAAGAACUUCGUUGCCCCCAACAAUGUUGCAGGACUCUUUGGAGAACGGCGAAGGUAGACCUUCUCCUAUGUUGUCUGUGAGAGACUUGUCUCGUGAAGAGGUCGAGGACUUCAUUGCUACUACCAACAAGCACUUGCCUGUUGACAAGCACGUUGCCAUCUCGUUGGAGAACGGUGGUAGAAACUUGGUUGUUUCCGGACCACCAGAGUCUCUUUACGGUUUGAACUUAACUCUUAGAAACAACAAGGCCCCAGCUGGUUCGGACCAGGCUAGAAUUCCAUACUCGGAGAGAAAGUUGAAGUUUUCCAACCGUUUCUUGCCAAUUUUCGCUCCUUUCCACUCCCACUUGUUGGAGCCAGCCACCGACUUGAUCUUGGCUGAUGUGGAAGACGAGAAGUUGACCUUCAACGCAUCUGACCUCAAGAUCCCAGUCUACGACACUUACACUGGUGAAAACUUCCAGGAUUCUAAGGGUGACGUGACUGCCACUGUCAUCAAGUGCAUUACCCAAUUGCCUGUCAACUGGGAACAGGCUACCAGCUUCCACUCCACCCACUUGUUAGACUUCGGUCCAGGAGGUGUUUCCGGUUUGGGUGUUUUGACUCACAGAAACAAGGAAGGUACUGGUUCCAGAAUCAUCAUUGCAGGUGCUAUUGAUAACGCCGUGGAAGACGAUUAUGGAUUCAAGCAGGAGAUCUUCAACAGAACCGUGGACUCCAUCAAGUGGGCUCCAAACUGGUUGGACGAGUACAAGCCCAAGUUGGCCAAGACUAAAGCCGGUAAGGUUUACGUCGACACCAAAUUCUCCAGAUUGUUAGGUAGAGCUCCUUUGAUGGUUCCAGGUAUGACCCCAACCACCGUCAACACCGAGAUUGUUGCUGCCACUAUCAAUGCUGGCUAUCACAUUGAGUUGGCUGGUGGUGGUUACUUCCACGCUCCAGGUAUGGAGCGUGCCUUGAAGGAGGUUGCUGACUUGGUUACUCCAGGUUCUGGUAUUGGUAUCAACUUGAUUUACGUCAACCCAAGAAUGUUGCAGUGGGGUAUCCCAUUGAUUAAGGAGAUGAGAGACAAGGGCUUCCCUAUCCAGUCUUUGACCAUCGGUGCCGGAGUUCCAUCUUUGGAGGUUGCUACUGAGUACAUUGAAACCUUGGGUUUGACCCAUUUGGGCUUGAAGCCAGGUUCCAUUGAUGCUAUCAAUGCUUCCAUUGCCAUCGCCAAGGCUCAUCCAACCUUCCCAAUUGUCUUGCAGUGGACUGGUGGUAGAGGUGGUGGUCACCACUCUUACGAGGACUUCCAUCAGCCAGUCUUGCAGAUGUACGCUAAGAUCAGAAGAUGUUCUAACAUCGUUUUGGUUGCUGGUUCUGGUUUCGGUUCUGAUGAGGACACCUACCCAUACUUAACUGGUUCUUGGUCGGAGAAAUUCAACUACCCACCAAUGCCAUUCGAUGGUGUCUUGUUCGGUUCUCGUGUUAUGACCGCAAAGGAGGCUCAUACCUCUUUGGAGGCCAAAAAGCUCAUUGCUGAAUGUAGUGGUGUUCCAGAUGAGAAAUGGGAAUCUACCUACAAGAAGCCAACUGGUGGUAUUGUUACCGUCAGAUCUGAGAUGGGUGAGCCAAUCCACAAGAUUGCCACCAGAGGUGUUAUGUUCUGGAAGGAAUUGGAUGAGACUAUUUUCAACUUGCCAAAGAACAAGCUUCUUGAGGCAUUGAAUAAGAAGAGAGACUACAUCAUUAACAAGUUGGACAAGGAUUUCCAGAAGCCAUGGUUUGGUCGUAACGCCAACGGUGUUUGUGAUUUGGAGGACAUGACCUAUCAGGAGGUCGCCAACAGACUGAUUGAUUUGAUGUACGUCAAGAAGUCCGACAGAUGGACUGAUCUUUCCUUGAGAAACUUCUACGGUGACUACUUGAGAAGAGUUGAGGAGAGAUUUACCACCAAGUCUGGUCAGGAGUCUUUGCUUCAAAACUACGCUCAGUUGGCCAAGGACCCACAAGCAUUCACUGACAACUUUUUCAACCACUUCCCAGAGGCAAAGACGCAGUUGAUUUCUGAGGAGGACUGUGACUACUUCUUGAUGUGUUGUGCCAGACCAACCCAGAAGCCAGCUCCAUUCGUUCCAGUUUUGGAUGAGAGAUUCGAGUUCUUCUUUAAGAAGGAUUCCUUGUGGCAAUCUGAGGACUUAGAGACUGUCUUUGACGAGGACGUCCAGAGAACCUGUAUUCUUCACGGCCCUGUUGCUGCUCAGUUUACCAACAAGGUUAACGAGCCAAUUAAGGAAAUUUUGGACAACAUCCACGAGGGUCACAUUAAGAAGUUAAUCACUGAUGAAUACAACGGCGACGCUUCUGCCAUUCCAGUGGUUGAGUUCUUCGGUGGUAAGGCUCCGGUUAAUGUCAAGUCUGUCUCCGGCGUUACCGUCGAGAAGACUGCCUCCAAGGUCACCUACAAGAUCGGUAACACUGUUCCAGAGAAGGAGCAAUGGCUUGACUUGUUGGCUGGUAACGAGUUGACCUGGUUGUACGCUUUGAUCUCCACCUCGAGAAUUGUCCAGGGUCAGAACCACGCUUCGAACUCUGUCAGAGAUGUGUUGAAGCCAACCACUAACUUGAUCGUCGAGAUUGAGAACUACUCUACCCCAGCUAAGGCCGUCCUCACUGUCUAUGAGACCCUCCACGGCGAGUACAAGAAGAUCGUCGAGAUCAAGUUGAACGCCAAGUCUCAGAUUCAGAUGUCUUUGAUUGAGCACAGAACUGCUGACGGCAAGCCUGUUGCUUUGCCAUUCUUGUACAACUUCAAACCUGAGGAUGGUUUUGCCCCAAUCGCCGAGGUGAUGGAGGGCCGUAAUGACAGAAUCAAGUCCUUCUACUGGGUCUUGUGGUUCGGUGCCGAUGUCCCUGUUGACUUAGAUAUUGACGUCGACCAGGUCAUUACUGGUGACAAGAUCACCGUUUCUGGCCAGGACAUUUCUGAGUUCACCCAUGCCAUUGGUAACACUUGUGAGGCUUUCAUCCCUAGACAAGGUAAGAAGACCUUGGCUCCAAUGGAUUUCGCUAUUGUCGUUGGCUGGAAGGCUAUCAUGAUGGCCAUCUUCCCUCAAACUGUUGAUGGUGAUUUGUUGAAGUUAGUUCACUUGUCCAAUGGAUACAGAAUGAUUCCAGGAGCUGAGCCAUUGCAGAAGGAUGACGUUGUCAGCAGUGAUGCUGUUAUCAAGGCUGUUUUGAACCAGCCUUCUGGUAAGAUGGUUGAGGUCGUCGGUACUAUUUACAGAGACUCUAAGCCAGUUAUGGAGGUCACUUCUCAGUUCUUGUACAGAGGUGAAUACGUUGACUUCCAGAACACCUUCCAGAAAGUCACCGAGGAUCCAGUCCAGAUUGCUUUCAAGUCUCCAAAGGACUUGGCUGUGUUGAGAUCUAAGGAGUGGUUCCACUUGGAGAAGGAUGUUGAGUUGUUGAACCAGGUUUUGACUUUCAGAUGCGAGUCUGUUUACAAGUUCAAGUCUGCUAACGUCUUCUCUUCCAUCUCCACUCAUGGUAACGUCUACUUGGAGUUGCCAACCAAGGAGGUUAUUCAAAUUGGUUCGAUCAACUACGAGGCUGGUGUUUCCUACGGUAACCCAGUUACUGACUACUUCUCCAGAAAUGGUAACACUAUUGAACAGGCUAUCAAGUUCGAGCAUGCCAUCCCACUCUCUUCUGGUGAGGAGUUGACGUCUAAGGCCCCAUCCACCAACGAGCCAUAUGCUAAGGUUUCUGGUGACUACAACCCAAUCCACGUUUCCAGAGUUUUCGCCAGCUACGCCAAGUUGCCUGGUACUAUCACUCACGGUAUGUACUCUUCUGGUUCCAUCAGAUCAUUGGUUGAGGAGUGGGCUGCCAACAGCAUUGCUUCCAGAGUCAGAGCCUUCAAGGCCAACUUCGUUGGUAUGGUUUUGCCAAACGAUACUUUGCAGACUUCUUUGGAGCACAUUGGUAUGAUCAACGGUCGUAAGAUCAUUAAGGUGGAGACCAAGAAUGUUGAGACUGACACCCCAGUCUUGAUUGGUGAGGCUGAGAUUGAACAGCCAGUCACCACUUAUGUGUUCACUGGUCAAGGUUCUCAGGAGCAAGGUAUGGGUAUGGACUUGUACAACAGCUCUGAUGUCGCUAAGGAGGUCUGGGACAGAGCCGACCGUCACUUCGUUGACAACUACGGUUUCUCCAUCCUUGACAUUGUCAAGAACAACCCUAACGAGUUGACCAUUCACUUUGGCGGUGCUCAGGGUAGAAAGAUCAGAGAGAACUAUAUCUCCAUGAUGUUCGAGACCAUUGGUGAGAACGGUGAGAUCAAGUCCGAGAAGAUCUUCAAGGACAUCGACUACACCACUACUUCUCACACUUUCGUUUCCCCAACUGGUUUGUUGUCCGCUACUCAGUUCACACAGCCAGCAUUGACUUUGAUGGAGAAGGCUUCUUACGAAGACAUCAAGUCAAAGGGAUUGGUUCCUUCCGAUGUUAUGUUUGCUGGCCACUCUUUGGGUGAGUACUCUGCAUUGUCCUCCUUGGCCAACGUUAUGCCAAUUGAGUCCUUGGUGGACGUUGUCUUUUACAGAGGUAUGACUAUGCAAGUCGCUGUCCCAAGAGACGAGCUUGGAAGAUCCAACUACGGUAUGUGUGCUGUUAACCCAACCAGAGUUAACCCAACCUUUAACGAUGCUGCAUUGAGAUUCGUCGUUGAUGAGGUUUCCGCUAAGACUGGCUGGUUGUUGGAGAUUGUUAACUACAACGUCGAAAACACCCAGUACGUCACCGCUGGUGACUUGAGAGCCUUGGACACCUUGACCAACGUCUUGAACGUUAUUAAGUUGAACAAGAUUGACAUUGUCAAGUUGCAGGAGACCAUGUCUUUGGACGAGGUUAGAGCUCACUUGAAGGAGAUCAUUGAUGAGGUUUCCGCUCAGUCUUCGGCCAAGCCUCAGCCAAUUGACUUGCAAAGAGGAUUUGCUGUGAUCCCCUUGAAGGGAAUCUCGGUGCCAUUCCACUCUUCGUACUUGAUGUCUGGUGUCAAGCCAUUCCAGAGAUUCUUGUGCAAGAAGAUUCCAAAGUCUUCCGUCAAGCCAAAGGAUUUGAUUGGCAAAUACAUUCCUAACUUGACUGCCAAGCCAUUCGAGAUCUCUAAGGAGUACUUCCAGGAAGUUUAUGAGUUGACCAAGUCUGAGAAGAUUAAGGCCAUCAUUGACAACUGGGAGACCUUUGAGAAGGCUUAA